AUGGAGCCUGUUCCGGAGACGGAGAGUUUGGAAAGAUUCCGCUCUCCCCCCCUACCUACUCUACGUCUACAGCACCCCAGCGAUCUGGAUUUGAGUCGCAAGCCUCCGACGGUCCGACGGUCUACGGAACCACUGUCUCCGAGCUCGCCCUCUUGGUCCUCUCCGACCAACUUCUCGCUGCCAUAUCGACCAAGGAACGCCUCACCCCUCUCGGGAUCCCACACGCGAUCAAAAUCAGCCGCCAGUCUAGCCCCUCCCACCAUGUCCCGCACUAGAUCCAUGCCGGGCUUGGACGGGACCGGACGCGUUCUCUCCUUGCCACUGCUCCGUCCUGCCAGUCCGAUCGGAUCACCGAAUCGACAGCGUCAGCGCCGCAAGCCAGCCGAUGAGGUCUUUCCACCGGUGUCACCCAUCCGGUCGUCCGUCUUCGAGAAUGACACCAACAGCAUCCCCGAAGGCAGUGCUUCGCCAACUGCGGCAAACACAAUUCAUCACAGGCGCACGUCAUCCCCCUUUCGCCACUCUAUCCCUACUGCGUAUAGCAUCUCAUCGUCAACGCCCUCGACCCCGUCUUCUGUAGCAACGUCUCCCACGUACAGAUACGAGACGAAUUCGAAUGGGUACAGUUUCCCCUCUUACUAUUCUUCGUCCAUACCCUCCACGCCUACCUCGGUCAGGUCUCGGAGUCCCAGUAUCUCUAGUUUAGAAACAAUUCCCGACUCCCCAGAUGCCGAGGAGGCCGCACUGGAGGCCGAGCGCAUUGCCAAGCUGCGAGCGGCAGCCGAGGGUUCGGAUAGCGAAGAGUCAAUCGAGGGAACCCGAAGCAGGAACAGCCUGGAUGUCCCAUUGCGAGGCCGGACGCUAGGCAUGGGAUCGAAGGACAAGCGCAAGCGGUGGAGUGUGUGUGGAGCCGAGAGACGCGGUGACCUGGAUCUGGAAACGAUAUGGGAGGAUUGA